AUGUUGAUCAAAUUCAUUUUUCCAUCAUUAAGAUCAAAUACAAAUCAAGAAGUUUGUCGUAUUCAUUAUAAUCGAUCUUUCAAAUCAUUAAAUAUGGAUUGGAUUGCUAAAGCUAUAUUUCAGAUAACUAAUUUAAAACGUGAUACAAUAUUUAGUCUUUAUUAUUAUGGUGAUAACAAAUUUGUGCAAAUCACAAAAAAAUCAUGUUUGAAAACUAUGGCUAAAUAUUUUAAUGAUAAUGGUCAAAUCUGUCGAAUUUACACUAUACCUCAUUUGUAUUCUGAUUCAAAGCCAUUGAAUUCAUUUUUCAAUUUUUGUAAAGCUGAUGAAUUACCAAAUAUUUUAAUACAACCACCAACUAUUGAACAUAAAACAUUAAAUAAUACAUGGUUACAAACUCCAUGUAAAUUAUGUGAAAAAUUGAAAUGGUCAGGUGAACGUUAUACUUGUUUAUUUUGUUCAAAUAUAGUUUUAUGUAAAGAAUGUUUUUAUACAGGGUAUCAUAAUGAACAUCCUAUUUUAUGUACUCGUAAUAAUAAAUUAUUUUCACAAAAAUUAUUACAAUGUUCACGUUUAGCUGUAGCAUCAGUACCAUGGAAGAAUACAUUACCAAAAGUAUAUAAAGAUCCUAGAAAUGAUGAAAGAAUAAGACAAACAAUAAAUAUAGAGAAUAAUUAUUUCAAUCAAAAUGAUAAAAUUUCAAAUAAUGAAAAACAAAAUAAACGAAUAAUAUUGUUUAAAAAAACCGCUUAA